CCAUCCCUCGCCUCGCCAAUGUGUUGAUUAAAGAGAUGGAACUGGCCCGCACGCCGGAGAAACACACGCAUAAGCGCGUGCACUAGGUUAUUCCCUUAAAGCAAUCUAUGGGCACCAUGGAAUACAUACUCGCCCGUGAGUGGUUCAGCUAUGUCGAUCAGCUUUAUAGGCCGCACGACGCCUAUGGCUUUGUGUGUCUAGGGAAUCAACAGAUUAUUCCGUUCUACUUGCGCACACCGGAUGGGGGUGAGUUUGCCAUCUCUUGGCAUCUCCUUAACUUGUGGUGCAACCUCGCGUGGUAUGACAUCGAGCGUGUCUUCAUAAAGGUAAUGGCGGACAGGGAUCGUGUGAUCACGCAUGCGGAUUGGUAAGCUGGACUACAUAUUGGCCUUACCAAUCACAAUCGUAAUCCCGCCGUCGAAGGGAGUAUUCCUUCGGCAUGGAUAUGAG